GGGCCUAUCAUGCCAGAAUGAAAACAACGGCUUUGUUCUGGAUAUGGCUGAGAUUGAAUUGUCCCGACAACAGAGUCAUUGUACAACGCUACCCUCACAGUCAUUCCGCAGCCCGGCGCGAUAUAUAAAAAGACAUCAAAUCCGUUCGUUCUCUCUCUCUCACUCUACCGAUUAGCACACAUUCAAGCUAUCAAAAAGUCGGCCAUUCAACCUCGCGCAGGCUCUUCAAUAAUAAGUCUUCGUCCACACCGCCAAUAUGACUAACAUCCCCGCUCUACCCGACCAGAACCGCAUCUACCGCGUCAAAUGGGGCGGCACGUUCGGGCCCAAGCUUGACUGGGUCGAGGAUAUGAUGGACAUCAAGUCACGCGCCGAGAAGGUCGUGUUCCAUGUUCUGCGCUACCUCGAGUUGUGCUACAGCACGUGCGCCGCAGCCCCAUCCGACCAGGACAAGCUGUGCGAGACGGCCCGGUUCAGUGUCCUCGGCCACGGCGUGUGGAACUACGCGUUCAGCAUCACGCUAUGCCACGAACCCGACAGCGCUGCCUACCGCGAGCUCGUGUUCCGCGUGGCCAAGCCCGUCACCGCGCGCGACUCGCGCAUCGCCGCCGAGGUGGCCGCCAUGCUGUGGGUAUGCCAUCACACGUCCAUCCCCGUACUGGGCGUCCUGGCCUUCGAGUCGUCCGUCGACACCAUGAUAGGCUACGAGUAGAUCCUGAUGGAGCGCGCCGAGGGUGUGCAGUUUGAGAAGGCCAACCUGAC